CACGUCCUUUUUCUUCUAUUUAUAAAAAACUCAAAACAAAGAAAACACACACCCUACCAAAAUACAAAUAAUUCAUCUUCAUCCACUAAAAUAUCAUCUUCAUCAACACACACAAAAAAAAACUAUAACAUAUCUCUUAUAUUUCUCGUUUAAGUUAUGGCACCAGAACCUAACUUAAACGGAGCCUAUUAUGGCCCCUCAAUUCCACCACCACCACCAACCAAAACCUACCACCGUAGUCGCGGUGGUGGUAGUUGUUGCAACCCAUGUAGUUGUCUCUUCAAUUGUCUAUGCACUUGCAUUUGCCAAAUAAUCUUCACUCUUCUCAUCAUCAUUGGAGUCAUUGUGUUAGUCCUUUGGCUAGUCCUACGUCCUAACAAGGUCAAAUUCUACGUGACUGAUGCCACGUUGACACAAUUCGAUUAUUCCACUACAAACAACACACUCUACUAUGAUCUAGCCCUCAACAUGACUAUAAGGAACCCUAACAAGCGCGUUGGGAUUUACUACGAUUCGGUAGAAGCAAGAGCUAUAUAUGGUGGUCAGAGGUUUGCUAGUCAGAAUGUGGAACCGUUUUAUCAAGGUCACAAAAAUACUAGCAUUUUGCAUCCGGUGUUUAAAGGACAAGGUUUGGUUUUAUUGGGAGAUAGAGAGAAAUCAAAUUAUAUUAAUGAGAAGAAUUUAGGGGUUUAUGAGAUUGAAGUGAAGCUUAAUAUGCGUAUUAGGCUAAAGAUUGGUUGGAUUAAAACUCAUAAAAUUAAGCCUAAAAUUGAAUGUGAUUUUAAGGUACCUUUGGAGUCUAAUGGUAGAUCUGGUAAUUUUGAAGAAACUAGAUGUCAUCUUGAUUGGUAGGUAAUAUAUUUUUUUAUUUGAGUACUAUUAUUUUAUUUUAUUUUAUUUUAUCUCUUUGUUUUUUUCCAUUUGGGCUUUAGCAUUCAUGGACAUAUAUGUAUCAUUGUUGUGAAAUAAAUAAUGUACAUUUUUCUUCUUUAAUUUCAUUAUUGGUAUGGUU